UCAACUUUACUUCACAUCUUAAUUAGUACACCUUAAUUAUUAUUGCAAUUUGAACCCGUCUCGCCCACUUCCACAAUAUUAUUAUUAUUAUUCAAUCAAAAGAAAAAUUCAAACCCAAUAUCAUUCAAAUAAUUCUCCUCAUUACAUCAUAUAACAUAACAUAUAAAUAUAAAUACUUCAUCUUCCAAUAAAAGUAACCAAAACUUCUCUCUUCGGAAUUCUUAUUUUUUUUACAGAGCACAACCAAAAUUCAAAGAACAAGAUGAAUGACUUAUUCUCCGGCUCAUUCUCCCGGUUCCGCAGCACCGAUCAAGUCUCACCGGACAACCACCACCACGUCAUCGAAUUAUCAUCUCCGAACACCGCUCAAAGCGGUGUCCACCUCGACAAAUUCUUCGAAGAAGUCGAAGCGGUUAAAGAGGAACUCAAAGAACUCGACCGUCUCUACGAAAAUCUCCGAACCUCCAACGAGAGGAGUAAAAGUCUCCAUACUGCAAAAUCUGUAAAAGAUGUUCGCUCCAGCAUGGAUAAUGAUGUGUCUAUUGCUUUGAAGAAAGCUAAACUUGUUAAGACCCGGCUCGAGGCGCUUGACCGGUCCAACGAGGCUAGUAGGAGUUUGCCUGGCGCUGGACCAGGUUCAUCCUCGGACCGGACUAGAACAUCUGUGGUGAGUGGUUUAAGAAAAAAACUGAAGGACUCUAUGGAUAGCUUUAACAACCUUAGACAACAGAUAUCAUCAGAAUAUAGAGAAACCGUACAACGUCGAUACUAUACUGUCACCGGAGAGAAUCCAGAUGAUAAAACCGUUGACCUCCUCAUUUCCACUGGUGAAAGUGAAACGUUUUUACAAAAAGCGAUUCAGCAGCAAGGGAGAGCAAACAUCAUGGACACAAUCCAAGAGAUUCAAGAGAGACAUGACACAGUGAAAGAGAUAGAGAGAAAUCUCCUGGCACUCCACCAAGUGUUCAUGGACAUGUCUGUUCUGGUUCAGUCACAAGGAGAACAGUUGGAUAAUAUUGAAAGCCACGUGGCACGUGCUAAUUCGUACGUGAGAGGUGGGGUCCAGCAGUUGCAUGUUGCUAGGAAGCACCAGAAGAAUACCCGAAAGUGGACUUGUAUUGCUAUUUUGAUACUUCUCAUUAUCAUCUUGAUCAUAGUUUUGCCUAUUGUUCUUAAAAAAUAGUUAUGAGACUUUUCAAAAUGGGUAUUGUAUUAUAAUGUAUAAUCUUGGUGGCUAUGACUAGUUCAAAGGUUAUAUAUAAGUCAAGUCAAUUCAUGCUGCCUUGACAAUUAUUGCAUUAUGUAAAAAAAAACUUUAAUUGGUUGGGUUGGUACAUGUUUGAAUAUUGAGAGUUGAGAUAUUUUUUUUAGGUGAUUUCUAGAACCUUAGGAUGGUCAUGGUCUUUUAGGGAAAACUUAGUCAUGAAGUUUAUCUCAUUUUGGCAUGUGGAUUGAAAGGAGAAGGUUAGUUGGAUGUUCAUUGGUUGUAUUUUUUUUUACUAUAUGCUAAUUAAACUUAUAUGUAUGGGUGAAUUACCUAGUUAUGUGUGGCAGGAGAUUAAUUGUUUUGUGUGUUUGUACAAAAGAAGCUUUUAUUGUUGCAUUUUUUGUUUUAUAAAUAAAUAGUUGAAUU